GCUCUUUGCAGAGGUGGCCGGGGGGGCGUGCUUGCUGCCGCUCCGGAAGGAAGGUCAGGUACAAGCGGAGUGAGUGGUGCUAGAGACGGGGACAGCUCGAGGUGCAGUGCUUCCCACGAGGAUGGGGGGCAUCCUCCUCCUCCUGGCUCUCCUCCCUGCUUUCCUUCCUUCUGAGGACAACUACACUGAGGCUUUGUCAGUGAUCCAGGAUCCUCCCCAGAGCCAGACCCUGCCAGGGGGCUCCGUCACCAUGAGAUGCCAUGUAUUCACCCGGGACCAGGAGUGGAGCCGGCUCCGCCUGGAGUGGAAGAGACGCGACCUCCCCACGACUCUCUGCACGGCUCUGAUCCUUCUGCUCAGCAACCUCAACCACAGCUGCAUCCCUCGCUUCAACCUGACCUGGCAGUGGCCCAUGGUGACGCUGCACCUGGACAAUGCCACCGAGCAGGACGUGGGGGUCUACGAGUGCUCGGUGAACGUGGAGAUCCCGAACCUGCUAUCGGCCGUGGGGAAUGGCACUGCGCUGAAUGUCUCCGCAUCAGCAGGAAGGGCUAUGAGCUACAUAGGCCUGUGGUGGUGGCUGGUCAUCGGGGGAGCAGCCGUGGGCAUCAUACUGCUGCUCGCUGUGGGUCUCUGCUGCUACAGGCACCGGCACUUGUGCAGGAAGACAGGUGAGGAGAUCUAUGAAAACGUGGAGUACUGCAAGCAGCAGGAAGCCAACAAGUCCACGUGCUGCAAGGGCAGCCAGAGGAACAGUCCCGAUGUCUACACUGUGAAUCUCCAAUCUAGGGGGCAGCUACCGGUACCUCCGCAGUACGUGCACCAUGGCAAGGCCCCGAGGGCCCAACACAUCCACUCAUCCAAGCAGAGAGCAGCCAAAAGGCCCUGAAAGAGCUUGGAAGUGCCUGGCCAGGGCUUUGCUUGCCCUCUCAGGCUGCACCUUCCCCUGCUGGAAGGGCCCCCAGGGCUGCCUCUCACCCCCACGGGUGCUUGGAGCUGUACAGGGAGCAGCAAUGAGAGGUGAUGUGGGAAGCCCAGAGCACACUGGGGUUGUUCCUGAAUAGCCUCAUCUUGAUGCAUCUCUGCUAGCCACUGAGGCCGGACUGAAACACCUGUGGGCAGGGCUGUGCCUCAGUGAGUAGUUUGGUGCCUGCUGACAGCUGGAUGUGGCCCGGCAUCUGCAGGGCAACCAGGACCCAGGCGCCGCGGUCCCUACUCAUCCCUGUGGGUGGGGAUAGGUGGCCACACAGCCCUGCCCAGGCCUUGCUGGGCCAUACACUAACCCCAGACCCCACCUGACGAGCUGGGAGCCUCCUCCCAGCCUCCCCUGACCACCCCUUGGCUGGGCCCUGCCUGGCACUGGUCCCAAUGCCACCGCCCCAGGUAGGAGGGACAGGCCUGGCUGCCCCCAGCACCCACUGUCCCUGCCCCGGGGACCGUCCCAGCCAGGACACAGUGCAGUGGCCCACACAGUGCCCGCUCAGCCGGGCGAGGGCGCUCUGAGCCCAUGGACCAGCUCCGGCAAUGCAGGCCGUGAGCUGGGGUCCCGGCUGGGCUGGCUGCCCUGUCCAGGUGCUUUCUCCUCCUCCCGCAUCCCCUCCAUCUCUGCCUGUGCGGCCAGGAGGGGGAAGGCUCCAUCCCCGCUCCUGCCUGGAGACUCUGGUCUGGGGGGCACUGUGUGCCCCAACACACAUGUCCAGCUUCAUGUAUGACUGGGCCUGACACCUGCCCAUGCCAGGGUGGCACACAGUGCACUCCCCCGGGCACGCCUGCAUAUGUGGAUCCUGGCGGCUGUGCCAGCUGUUGGGGGGGGACCUAGAAUCAUUCUCUCAGGGACAUCCAUGCAGCCUAGUGGUUAGAGUGGGGAGCCCCGGACACCUAGCUUUCCCUCCAAGGCAGGUCCAGUUGUGUGCCUCAGUGUCCCCAUGUGGCUGCAGGGCCCUCAGGAGGGCUGGGAGGUCUGACGGUGGCAGGUGACCAACCCCAUGGGGACCCCUGUCCCGUUGUGCAGAUGCCUGCCCCGCUGGCAGAGCAUUCUGGGUGAUGCCAGGCCAAGCCUGCCCCCGCCAACACCGCAGCACCUGCCGGAGAGCAGGGCCAUGCUGCUGUCCAAGGCGUGAGCUACAGCUGCCUACGCCGCCUCCAGCCCUGCCCCAUUAGAUCGUGAACUGGGCUGACGUGAGCCUGUCCGGAUGCAUCCGUCAGCUGCCAGUGCCUGCCGCGGCCUGCAAGCGCUCUCCAGGCACAGCCUGGCCCUGCACACAUGCACCCAAGAGUGCCUCACAGCUGUGUGCCCACCCCCCCCUCCCCCCACACACACACGGGCGAAGGAAAUGAGUUUGCACCCUCUUCUGUCCUUCACCCCCACCCCCUGUGCCAUCUCUGCUUUGUCAUGCAGUUUUCCUUGCUCUCCCUGCAGAGGUUUGUGUGUGUGUGCAUGUAUGUGUGUGCACACGCAUGCAUCUGUGCUAGGAUGUGUGUGUGUGUGUGUGUGUGUGUGUGUGUGUGCGUGCAUGAGAAAGAGAGUGUCUAUGCUGCAGUGUGUAUGGCAGCACACCUGCCAUGAAAAGGCACUCACCUUUUCAUACAUGCCAGGUAUGUGUUUGUAUGUGUGUGUGUGGUGUUCAAGGCUUGGGGCUGCCCCGUUCUCUCUGCUACUCCCAGGCAUCCUCCUAUGCUGUGUGAUACAAGUGAGGGCAGGACCCAGCGCUUGACCCACUUCCGCCCUCCUGCCCAAAGCAUUCAGGCCAGGGUUGAGUGCAGCCUGGCCGGUCGCGGGGCCUGGGGACUGAGCUUUACACUGUGCCAGUGUUGCUGUGCUGAGCACUCAGGGCCCAAUUUAUCUUGAUUAGCAGAGCACUUUUCAGCUCCUUUCUGAUCAAUGGGGGAGGGUGCUGUGAAUGCUAAUAAAAUGCUAAUUGCACCAGGA